AAUAAAGAAAUCAAAUCAGCAAAGAAACUCUUUAAAAGCACAGACUCCACACCAGCUCAAAGCCCUUCUCACUUUGCCUCCAUGUGUUUCCAGAACACUGUUGCGUCAAAUCAUAUCUUAAGUCCUGUAUUUAAAAUAUGCACAAUUAUAUCAAGAAUAAGGAAGACUUUAGUGAAUCUUUUUGCAUAGCAUAUAACCAUGCCCUAAUGUAUCACUGAUGUGAAAGCUGAUGUUCCUCAGGAUUCUUAUUCUACACAUCUUCCCUGGGGGGUUGCAUCAAAUUCCAUGGCUUUCACCACCACCUCUGCUGAUCCUACUUCUAUAACCCUCAGCAUUUUUUGAGACAUCUCAAAUGUCUCCAUGUGCCAGAGACUGAACCCACCCAACUCGGCUUCCUACUCCUCAUCUCAUGAAUGGCCUCCGUGCCCACCCCUGCCCACCUCACAGCUAGAAACCUGAGGGCGUCGCUGACUCCUCUGCAGGAGGCUGUACCCCAACUCAACAGGACAGGCAGACUCCCAGGUGUUGAGGUGCACGUAGCAGGGGCGGGGCUAGUGCACCGACCCAUUCAAGGCUUAGAACCCACUGGCAAGCAGAAGUGUUGCCUUCUGAGUGUUAGUUGUUUGCAGGUGCCCAUGUGGCUGGGAGCGUGAAGGCAGCAAGCCUCAGCCUUGUGUUCCUCCCACAUUGGCAGGUACUAAAGAUGCUGAACUUGAGGAAUCUUUGAGAUAGAGGUCAUGGGAGCCUUGUCCAGCCACUGUCAUGCAUGCCUUGUCUAGUCUUUCACUACUCAUUGGGUGUUUCAGGAGCAACCUUGAUGGGAGACCAUGUUAUAUAAUGUCCCCAUCCUUGAACUUGGGUCAGUCUCUUGUGUUUAGCCCAGUUCUUCUGCUCUCCCAUGCCUGUUUAUUUUAGUAAUAAUAAAAAUAGUGAACAGACAUUGAAGUUUACCCUGACCCACGCACUGUCAUAAGCUCUGUUUAUGCCAUAUCCUACUGUUCACAACACCCUGUGUACUGUGGAUAUGUUUAACGUUGCUCUUCCAGACUUUGGGAUCAAGUUCCAAGUCAUCUUCAAGAAAGUGUGGCUUUCCAUGCCCUUGCACCCACCUCCCCAGACACCUUUUCUCCAGCUUCACUGUCCUCCUGGAAUUCCAGCUUCUACAUCCCACUCCCACACCUUUGUCUGGCCAACACUGGCUCCUCCAAGAGUUAGCUUAGGCCUCACCCACUCUAGAAGGCCUCCUAAACCCAGCACCCUCACGCAGGCUGUGCUCAGCCAUACUGAUCAGCUACACUACAAACCUGUUUCCAAGACAGAAGUAGGUUUCUGGAAUUGUGUUCGCAGCCGCCGCCGCGCCGCCGUCGCUCUCUAACGCCAGGGCCGCCUUUCGCUCGCCGAGCUCCAGCCGAAGAAGGGGGGUAAGUAAGGAGGUCUCUGUACCAUGGCUCAUACAAAGCAGACUGCCCGCAAAUCGACCGGUGGUAAAGCACCCAGGAAGCAACUGGCUACAAAAGCCGCUCGCAAGAGUGCGCCCUCUACUGGAGGGGUGAAGAAACCUCAUCGCUACAGGCCUGGUACUGUGGCGCUCCGUGAAAUUAGACGUUAUCAGAAGUCCACUGAACUUUUGAUUCGCAAACUUCCCUUCCAGCGUCUGGUGCGAGAAAUCGCUCAGGACUUUAAAACAGAUCUGCGCGUCCAGAGCGCAGCUAUCGGUGCUUUGCAGGAGGCAAGUGAGGCCUAUCUGGUUGGCCUUUUUGAAGACACCAACCUGUGUGCUAUCCACGCCAAACGUGUAACAAUUAUGCCAAAAGACAUCCAGCUAGCACGCCGCAUACGUGGAGAACGUGCUUAAGAAUCCACUAUGAUGGGAAACAUUUCAUUCUCAAAAAAAAAAAAAA